AUGGCGACGACUGAGAAGCUAAAGCCCGCGAAGAGGGUGACUGGUCAGAGGCAGGAUGUAUGGUCCUUCAUCAAUGAAGCCGCCGCCGCCUCACCCAAGCAACCCAUCAUAAACAUGGGCCAGGGUUUCUUCGGCUACAACCCGCCGGACUUCAUUCUCGACGCCGCUCGAGAGGCCCUCUCGCGCGUCGAGUGCAACCAGUACAGCCCCACCAAGGGUCGGCCCAGGCUAAAGAAGGCCAUUGCCGAUGCGUACUCGCCGUUUUGGGGCAGGAAGAUUAAUCCCGACACGGAGGUGACGAUUACGACGGGGGCGAACGAGGGCAUGCUGAGUGCUUUCAUGGCGUUUAUUGAGGAGGGGGAUGAGGUUAUUAUCUUUGAGCCCUUCUUCGAUCAGUAUAUCAGCAACAUCGAGAUGCCGGGCGGCAAGAUCGUCUAUGUUCCCAUGAGCCCUCCCAAGGACGGUGCUACCGUGACCUCCUCAGCGGCGAACUGGACCAUUGACUUCGAUGCGCUUGAGCGUGCCAUCACUCCUAGGACUAAGAUGAUUGUUCUCAACACGCCUCACAACCCUGUUGGCAAGAUUUACUCUCGAGAAGAGCUAGAGCGUAUCGGCGACCUCUGCGUCAAGAACCAGAUCAUCAUCCUCUCCGAUGAAGUCUACGACCGGCUCUUCUACGUCCCCUUCACGCGCAUCGCGACCCUCUCGCCCGAGAUCGAGAAGCUCACCCUCACAGUCGGCUCCGCGGGCAAGAACUUUUACGCCACCGGCUGGCGAGUAGGCUGGCUCAUCGGCCCCGCCGACCUCCUCCAAUACGUCUCCGCCGCCCACACCCGAAUCUGCUACUCCUCCGUCUCCCCCCUCCAAGAAGCCUGCGCCGUCGGCUUCGAACAAGCCGACGCGCACAACUUCUGGGCCGAGUCCAUCGACGAAAUGAAGGGCAAGAUGGACCGCUUCAACGAAAUCUUCAAGGAACUCGACCUCCCUUACUCCGAGCCUGAGGGCGGCUACUUCGUGCUCGUCAACAUGAGUAAGGUGAAGCUGCCGAAGGACUACCCUUUCCCGCCGCAUGUGGCGAGCCGGCCGAGGGAUUUCAAGCUGGCGUGGUUCUUGAUUCAGGAGUUGGGGGUGGCGGCGAUUCCGCCGACGGAGUUUUAUACGGAUGAGAAUGCGUGGAUUGCGGAGGAUUAUAUUCGGUUUGCGGUUUGUAAGCCGGAUGAAGUUUUGGAGCAGGCGAAGGAGAGGUUACGGGGUUUGAAGAAGUUUAUGGAGUGA